AUGACAAAUCCCUACCAGCAGUACAGCCCAUCAAACUUCGACUCUUCAGCCUCUGGCAGGUUGCCGCCCCUCAACGCCCGCCGGCCCUCUUACGCAUCUGUCGUUUCCGGGGGCCCUUCGGCCCUGACUCGCCCGGCCCACUCCGGCUUCUCCCACCUCCUCAACCCCUCGCCCGACUCAGAACCCCAAACACACUCCAGUAACCCAUACUCGGCCGCGCACAGUCCCAUGUUCCACGCCGACAUGACCUACACACAAAACGGAGGCUCGAGCGAGGGUGUCUUGUCGAUAGACCCUCUGGGCCAAACCAUGGGCACCGGCCUUUGGCCACCUCGCCUCGGAUCCAGCUUCCCCUACUUCUCCCGAGCUUUCGACCUCUACAUGAGCAAAGAUCCCUUACUACCCGCAGACCCCAUGAGUAACGAUGACGUCCGGUUCCCCUCCGUCGCGCCCAUGCCCAACGUCAGCAGCUCCGGCUUCUUGUCGCCAUCAUACCUGCGGGGCACCAUCUAUCUACAGAAGCUGGAGGAAAAGCACAGGGCCGACGUCCUCGCCGAGCGGGAGCGCAGCGCCGCCAAGGUCGGGCCGCCCUCCUCGUCUCCCAUAGCCUCGCGGCUCUCGAGCAACGAGAGCUCCUCGCACCUGCCAUUGGUCGGCACCAAGGUGUCCGGCUCAUCACACCGCGGGGUGGCAUACGACAUUGUCGAGAAGCCCAUGUUUCCGGCCGAGGAGGAGGACGACGACGCGGUCAGCCCGCUACCGUCAAGAUGGAACAAGGACGAUAAAGAGGCCGCGCUCGAGGUGCUGAGCGACGGGUACGAGGUCAGGCAUACGGGCAGGGCGUCGAGCGACCACGAGGCGAGCGCCGUCCGCGCGGACCACUACAUGUCGCCGUCGUGCGGGGUGUAUUACUUUGAGAUCACGGUAUUAAAUACCAGGAGCGAUAAGGUCAAAAACCCCCCUAUCGCCAUUGGGUUCGCGAGUAAAGAGGCCUCGAUAUCCCGGGCGCCCGGUUGGGAACCCGACUCGUGGGGCUACCAUGGCGAUGACGGCCACUCGUAUGCCUCUCAAAACGUGGGCAAGCCGUACGCCGAGAUCUUUGGUGUUGGGGAUACCGUUGGGUGUCUUGUCAACUUCCGGCUGAACCAUGCGCUUUUCACGAAGAACGGGAGAGAAUUGCCAAUCGCUUUCAAAGACAUUUCAUUCAAGGAUGUCAAGGGAAAGUUAUACCCCAUUGUCGGGCUCAAGAAAAAGGAGGAUCACAUCAUGGCCAACUUUGGUCAGAGGCCCUUUAUGUUUGAUAUCGAUGGCUAUAUGAAGAAGCAGCGAGCGAGUAUCAUAGAGGAAAUUCGGCUCGCUGACACAUCCUGGCUUGUUGACGGGCUGUCCGAGACGGACCUCAUCCAGCAGCUGGUUCUCCAAUUCCUGCAGCACGACGGCUAUGUCGAGACGGCGCGCGCUUUUGCGGAGGAACUCCAAGAGGAGAAGAAGGCCCUUCGGCUGACACCGGACGAGCCCGUCCAAGGCAUCAACGUGCGCGACGACGAGGACGCCCACAAUCGGCAGCGCAUCCGCCGCGCCGUACUGGAAGGCGACAUCGACUGCGCCAUGCGCUACACCAACACGUACUACCCUACUGUCCUCCGCGAAAACGAGCAGGUCUACUUCCGCCUGCGCUGCCGCAAGUUCAUCGAGAUGAUCCGCAAGGAGGCCGUGCUCAACAUGCAGCUCGAGGAGCAGCGGCGGAACAGUCAUCGGGGCGCCACAAAUGAACCGCGAGCUGAUGAUGGUGAAAAUGGCGACGAGGAGAUGCUCGGGGCGGGAAUAAUAACAACAGCAGCAGCAACAACAACUGGCGGAGGCCAGGAUAAUGAUCUGGACAUGACCAUGGUGGAGGACGGUGCUGCCGGUGACGAUGUGGCGGCAGCAGGGGUGAGCAAGCUUUCGCAGGAGCUGCUGGCGUAUGGCAUGGAGCUGCGGGCCGAGUUCAAGGGAGAUCCCCGGCGCGAGACGGCCAGGCGAUUGGACGAGAUUUUCUCGCUGAUUGCGUACCCGAAUCCGUUGAAGGUGAAGGAGGUGGCGCAUUUGCUGGAUGGCAGCGGACGGGUGGCGGUUGCGGAGGAGUUGAAUUCGGCUGUUUUGACGUCGCUCGGCAAAUCGUCGCGCGCGGCCCUGGAGAAUGUCUACGCCCAGACUUGCGUCUUGCUUGAGGAACUGCGAAAGGACGGCGGCGACGGGGCGUUUGUCACGGUCGAGAGCGUCGUCGAGAGUAUUCCGCCUUCGAGGUUGCGCUAGGUGAU